AUGCCGCCCUCUCCGCAUUUACCCCCGUCACCGUACCUCCCAGGUGCUCAGUUCCCGCCCAACGGCUACCAUCCUGGGUACAGUCCUGGCCCAUACCAAGGUUAUCCUCAGCCCCAUAGCCCAGGUUUCGUCAAUCCCGGCCCAGGCUAUGGACAUCAACACUCGUAUUCUCAUCCGUUACACUCUCCUCGCCCACAUCAGCACCACCAUUCUCCCCGCAACCCUCACCACCAUCCCAACGAAUCCCCUAGGCACCAACGUGCACAUUCUCGCCCUGUAAUUGCUGGAUCCGCACUUAACAUGCUGAACAGGACACUGCAGAAUUCGACUAGUCCGCCCAAGUCCAAGGCAGACGUGAGCGCUAGCUCUUAA